CAACACUGAGAGGUCAGAAGCACCCAGAGAGACGUACAACUCAGAGGAUUGUACAGGGGACAGUCUGAAUGAAACCACAUUGCCUAUAAAUGUUCAGGUGAGAUCAAAAGUGGUAGCAGUGGGUCACACAGAGAGGAUCAGCCAACCAGCAUCCUCUACCCAUUCACAACAGGCAGUUUGCAGGUACUGUAAUAACUUAUUUUACCUCUAGAUGGAGCUGUAACCUUUCAUAUGCAGGUCUUUCUGUUUAUAGACCCCAGAUUUUGGACAGAACCAUUGAAUGGGAGCGUCAAAAAGAACAUUAUAUCUUCUUCGUCAAAAGCCACAUGAAUGAGAAUCCAAGUCGAGCUUCAGGAGCAGUGAAUGAACUUCAGGAAUUGAUGACUCAUGUGGCUGGUCAAUCUAGAGACUCUCAGUGGCAGCACCCGUCAGACCUCACCUGCAGGAAUUAUCAAAAGCGGUUUGGGAACAGAAGACGCACUAUGACCCUCAGCGAGUGGCAGGACCUGAAUAAACCCCACUACAAACGAUUUCUCAACGUCCCCAGAAUCUUCCACAGAAGUCACUUCUGAACGUGCAUGUGUUGAUAAAUAAUCAGGCUGCAUUUGCCCGACCCCUGUUAAAUCUUUUUUGUGACGUGUUUUAUUUAUAUAUACAUAUAUAUAUAUAGAGAGAGAGAGAUGUAGAGAUAGAUAUAGAUAUAUAUAGUGUGUGUGUUUGUACUUUUUGUCCUUUUUCUUUGUUUUGUUGCAUGUAUUCGUGUGUUUUGACUUAAAAAGUUGCAUGUUUUUGUUUUUUUUUCUUACCAUUUUGCAUGUAAACUUUUAUAUAAAAAAAUACAUAUUUAAAAUGUUUAAUAACAGCCAGUUAGGUGUUUCCAGAGAUGUUCCUGUUUCUUU